UAGUAAAAAUUCGAUAUUGCAACAGAAAAGUGAGGUUACGUCAUUUUGACAGUAGUGUACGUCAGUUAACUAUGGCAUGUGGCCGUUCUUAAAAGCCGGAUCGAAAUAUUAAUUAACACAAAUAAUUAGACAGCGAAAUCGUAACACGAUGAAUUCUGGGGACUAUAAACAACAAAUUCCUAGAGUUCCGGAAAGUAUUAACUUUUCGGCUGAGGAAGAAAAAAUUGUAACCUUAUGGCAAAAAUUGGAUGUCUUUCAAACGUGUUUGAAACAAUCUAAAGGAAAACCAAGAUUUUCGUUUUAUGAUGGUCCCCCAUUUGCCACCGGUUUACCACAUUACGGUCAUGUUUUGGCUGGAACAAUUAAAGAUGUGGUUACUCGUUAUGCUCAUCAGCAAGGUUAUCAUGUGGAACGUCGUUUUGGAUGGGAUACCCAUGGUUUGCCUGUUGAGUUUGAAAUCGAUAACGCUUUUGGUAUAAAAGGACCAGAUGAUGUAAUGAAAAUGGGAAUUGGAAAUUAUAACAACGAGUGCCGCAAGAUUGUUAGUCGUUAUGCAAAAGAAUGGGAGGUUAUAAUGACGCGAUUAGGAAGGUGGAUUGAUUUUAAAAAUGAUUAUAAAACAUUGUACCCUUGGUAUAUGGAAUCAAUAUGGUGGGUUUUUAAACAGUUAUAUUUGAAAGGUUUGGUUUAUCAAGGUAAUAAAGUAAUGCCUUAUUCGACUGCUUGUAAUACACCAAUUUCAAAUUUUGAAUCUGGACAAAAUUAUAAGGAUGUUGUUGAUCCAGCUGUAACAGUAACUUUACCACUUUUGGAUGAUAAAAACACUUCUUUAUUAAUUUGGACAACCACACCAUGGACACUACCAAGUAAUUUAGCAGCUUGUGUUCAUCCUUCACUAGAAUAUGCUAAAGUCAAACAAAUCAGCACAGGAAAAUUCUUUAUUUUGAUGGAAGCUCGUUUAGAAGCAGUUUUCCAAGCAAAUGAUUUUGAAAUCAUCGAAAAAUUUCCAGGAUCGAAACUUAAAGAUCUAAAAUACGAACCUAUCUUUCCCUACUUUAAAAAUCAAGAAGCAAAGGGUGCUUUUAGGGUCUUAUGUGAUGAAUAUGUCACCUCAGAAUCAGGUACUGGAAUUGUUCACCAAGCUGCUUAUUUUGGUGAGGAUGAUUACCGGGUUUGUUUGGCCAAUGGAGUUAUAACCAGAGAUCAAGAACCAAUUUGUCCAAUUGAUCCCAGUGGGAAAUUUACUAAGGUUGUUACUGAUUUUGCUGGACAAUAUGUUAAGGAUGCCGAUAAGAAUAUUAUUGCCAUGUUGAAAGUUAAUGGAAGAUUGUUUCAUGCCACACAACACAAACAUAGUUACCCAUUCUGUUGGAGAUCUGACACUCCAUUAAUUUAUCGCGCCAUCCCAUCUUGGUUUAUCCGGGUGGAAGAUUUUACAGAAGAUCUAGUAAAAGCAACGUCAGAAACAUAUUGGGUGCCCGAUUUUGUAAAAGAAAAGCGUUUCGGAAAUUGGUUAAAAGAUGCCCGGGAUUGGGCGGUAAGUAGAAAUCGUUACUGGGGAACACCAAUUCCAAUUUGGAUAUCACCAAGCGGCGAUGAAAUAGUCUGCGUCGGAAGCAUAGCAGAAUUAGAGGAAUUAACCGGUUCGAAAGUAACCGAUCUUCAUCGCGAAAGUAUCGAUCAUUUAGAGAUUCCAUCAAAAAUUCCUGGAAAUCCACCGUUAAAACGUGUUCCCGAAGUUUUUGAUUGUUGGUUUGAAUCGGGUUCAAUGCCAUACGCUCAACAACAUUAUCCGUUUGAAAAUGUAAAAUCAUUCGAAGAAGCUUUCCCGGCUGAUUUUAUCGCCGAAGGAAUUGAUCAAACAAGAGGUUGGUUUUAUACUUUGGUUGUUAUUGGAACUUGCUUGUUUGGAGAGGCGCCAUUUAAAAACUUGAUUGCAAACGGAUUAGUAUUAGCUAGUGAUGGACAAAAGAUGUCAAAACGUAAAAAGAAUUAUCCUGAUCCGAUGGAAAUCGUUUCUAAAUAUGGCGCUGAUGCUUUGAGACUAUAUUUGAUUAAUUCACCGGUCGUUCGAGCAGAAAAUUUACGUUUUAAAGAGGAAGGAGUUCGAGAUAUCAUAAAAGACGUCUUUCUUCCUUGGUACAACGCUUUUCGGUUUUUGAUGCAAAACAUUGAAUGUUACGUCCAAGAUAACAAAGAAUUCUUUGUUUAUGACGAAAAUUUCGCAAAAAGCGACAACAUUAUGGAUCGGUGGAUACUUUCGUUCACGCAAUCUCUUUUAGAUUAUUUCCGCAAAGAAAUGGCUUUGUAUCAUUUAUACACCGUCCUUCCACGGCUUAUGAAAUACAUAGAUUAUCUCACCAAUUGGUAUGUUCGCAUGAAUAGAAAGCGUCUAAAAGGUGAAGGAGGAAAAGAAGAUGCCAAACAAUGUUUAUCAACAUUAUUUAACGUUUUGUAUAAUAUCAUUAAAAUGAUGUCGCCAUUUUCACCGUUUUUAUGUGAAACAAUGUAUCAGUAUUUAAAAGAGCUUACAAAUGAAAAAAGCGAUAGCGUUCAUUAUUUAAUGUUACCACAACCAGAUGAGAAACUAAUUGAUUUAAAGAUUGAAAGGGCUGUAUCAAGAAUGCAAAGUGUUAUUGAAUUGGGAAGAGUUAUUCGUGAUCGAAAAACAAUCCCCAUUAAAUAUCCGCUCCCGGAAGUUAUUGUUGUCCAUCAAAACCAAGAAUAUAUCGAUGAUGUAACUUCUUUACAAUCAUACGUUUUAUCGGAAUUAAACGUUCGAAAACUAACAACUACCACUGAUAAAAGUAAAUAUGGAAUAAGUCUUCGAGCUGAACCUGACCAUAAAACGUUAGGAUUACGUUUAAAACAACAUUUUAAAAGUGUUACUAUCGCACUAAAAGCAUUAACUGACGCUGAAAUUAACGAAAUGAUUCAAAAAGGUUAUCGAGAUAUCGACGGUCAUCGAGUUGAAUUAAACGAAGUUAGAUUGAUUUUUAAAACAGAUUUAUCAAGCAGUCAAUAUGAAGUUCACAGUGAUAACGAUGUUUUAGUUUUGUUGGAUUGUACUCCAGAUUCUUCAAUGCAAGAUGAAGGAACUGCGAGAGAAAUAAUAAAUCGAGUACAGAAGUUAAGGAAGAAAGCUCAUUUAGUGCCGACAGAUGAAAUUUGUGUUUAUUACGAAGCUGAAAAUGAUUUAUUAAGAGUUGCGGAAUCUUUUAAUAGUUUUAUUGAAGACACUAUUAAAGCUCCGAUGAAAAAAUUAGCAACAAAAGGAAAUAAAGAUGUUGAAAUUAUCUCUGAAACUCAAUCCAUAAAAGAUUCUACGUUAAAAAUAGUUUUAACAAAAUUUUCUGAUGUAGAACUUCCUUUAGUUAAAUGGGUAAACAUCGAAGUGGUUGGAAUUCCUACAAGAUAUUGUAACGGGGCUACAAAAGGAACUAUUCUUUUAGAGAAUGGUAAUGGUAUCAUUAAAAUUGACGAGUUUAAAAAGGCCGUUUUUCGUUUAUUUGCCGUGGAGGAUUAUAAAAUUUUUUCGAAAAACGGAAAAGAAAUCAUUGGAAAUUUAGAAAAAUAUUCUGGAGAUGUGAUUUAUAUUUCUAGAGAACCUGUUAAAGUUGAAAAUUCAACAAAUGGUAUUCCUUAUUGUAAGAUAAGUAACAUUAGAGAAGGGAAAUUGAGUGGAACUAUUCUUUUGGAAAAUCCUAAAGGAGUUCCAACAAAUGCUGAAAAGAAUUUAAAAGAACUUAAAACUAAAUGGCCAGUUAAAUAAUUAUAUUAAAUUUUUAGAGUGGAGAUUAAUAUUGAGUGUUCCAGUUAGUUUUAUGUUGUUUUAAUGAUUUAUCUUGAUAAUAAAAAAUCAUUUUGAA